ACUGUUUGCCGACGAGACUUUAAUUGUAAAUUAUUUUUAAAAGAAAUAAUAAGCAAUGGCUUCCAUAUUGCGCACGGGUAAACUGCUGCGUUACUUUGCCGGCUUCACGCGCAAUGUUGUCGUCAACUCGGUACGAGACUGCGAGAGCAGUUCCCUGCUGCAGUCGGCGCCCUGCAUGUGCGGACAAUUCCAGAACGGCUUUGCUAGCAAUGCUGCAGCCAACAAGGCGGAACUGACACUGGACAGACAAAUCAGACGCUUGGAUCAGGAUGCGCGUCGUAUUGGACGCAUUUCUCGUCGCGAUCUGGAGGAGGUGCUCGAUGAGAUACGCACACAUCGCACGGCCACCAGCUCACAAUCGCUGUUGGUUAUACGCUGCUGUGGCAAUCUGGUGCCCGAGGAGCUGCCCGAAGUGCGAACUGCCUUGGUGCAGGAAAUCUGGAAGACACUGAAUGCGUUAAAUGUGCCCAUGGAUAUAUCGCACUAUAAUGCGCUGUUGCGUGUCUAUCUGGAAAACGAACAUCAAUUUGCCCCUACAGAUUUUCUGGCCGAGAUUGAGGCCAAGGGCAUUGAGCCCAAUAGAGUAACCUAUCAACGUCUCAUUGCUCGCUAUUGCCAGCAGGGUGACAUAGAGGGUGCGACCAGGAUACUCGAAUUUAUGCGCGCCAAGAAUUUGCCUGUUAAUGAGAAUGUUUUCAAUUCCUUAAUCUUGGGACACUCUCAGGCCAAUGAUCUGGAGUCUGCCAAGGGUAUUUUGACUGUCAUGAAACAGGCGGGCUUGGAGCCCAGCGCCGAUACCUAUACGACCUUGCUUUGCGCCUUUGCGCGUCAUGGAGACCUUGAUUCCAUGCAUGCUACGUUAGCUGAAUGUGAGCCCAAGGAGAUUAUCUUGCUGGACAAAGAUCUGCUGGAUAUAGUGUACACGCUCACAGUUAAUGGCCAUGGCGAACAAGUGGAUACCGUGCUGUCUAAGAUGCGCAUCUCUCCUGGCUUUAAUCAGGAUGCUGUAAAUAUUAUUUUGCGUCUGGUUAACAAAGGCCAUGAGGAUGUGGCAUUGAAGCUGCUGCGUUUAAUGCCACGCAGCACUCGCGUCAAUGGCGAGCCUGUGGAUGUGGGCGCUUUCUUUAUACGCCAGCUGGUCAAGGCGAAUCGUCCGGUGGAGAAGAUUCUAAGUAUUUGCCGCACGUUGCAAGCAGAGGGACUGAAUCCCAAAGCGUUGACCAUUGCCACUGAGGCUGGCUUAAUGCAAGGCGUGGCCCACAAUGCAAUGCCGCUGUUGCAAGAGAUGCGCAGCAUGGGAUUGCCCAUACGUCAGCAUUACUUCUGGCCACUCUUCUGCGCCGUAGACUCCAAUCAAGUGCUUGAGAUAGUGCGUCGCAUGCAGCAGGAAUUCGAAGUGAAUCCUAAUUCCGAAACCAUUCGUGACUAUGUUAUACCCAAUCUGAAGGAGAAGAACUGGGAGCGCAUUGUUACCGUGUUGCGUGACGCCGGCGUGCCCAACUCCACGGCUGUUACGUCCGCUGUCUACGCUGCAUUGACCUCUCAUCAAAUCUCCGAGGCCGCCAAGAUUAUGGAACAACAUCGCGCCUACUAUGUGCCCAUACUCUUCCGUCAGCCCCUGAUAUUGGCUCUCAGUCAUACCAAUGACUAUGCCGCCUUCAUUCGCUGCGUACGUCAACUUCAUGAAGGUGUUCAGCUCCAAGCCGGACGCGAAGCCAACGAGGAGUCGGCGGAGCCCGCAGCCAGCACCAGCGAUGUGGAAGCUAGCGCCAGUGCUGAGCGCAGCACACCCGACAUCGUGGGCGGCAUUGUUCAUGAGGCUGCUAUUUACUUCCGACGCGAGCGUGUUGCCAUGCUGGAGAAAGUUCUGCAGGGUCUGGUGAAGCAGGGUCUGUCCAUUAGCAGCGGCAAAGCUACUUCGCUUUCUGAGCUCUUGGGCUCUGAAAUGACACCCAAGAUUGCAGAUCUGCUGGGCAAGCUCACAUCGGGCGAACUCGAACCAGUGCCUUUGCCCAACAGCGGAAAACGUGGACUCGACACCCUAACCAUUGAUGAGCUGGAACGCUUCAUCAAGAACGUGGAGGCCAAGGGCGAGAAUGGGAACAACAUAAAGCGUCAACUGCUCAAUGCGUGCUUCCGUUCACAGAAUCUUGAACGCACUCUACAGGUUAUCGAACGGCUGGAGCAGGAAAAGUUCCAAAUACCCAUUGGAAUUUAUGCGCAGCUGACAGAUCUUUAUACACAUCACAAACGCAGCUCGGAUGCACUGGCGCAGUACAAGAAGCUGCGUGAGGCGGAUGCCAACUUUAAGCUGGACAACUUCAAGGCAGUGCGCUUGGCCGACUUGUUGCUGCAGGAGGAGCGUGAGAAGGAGGCGAUGCAGCUGUUGCAGGAGAACCAAAAGGAAAAUGUGACAGCUGAGGGCGAAGGCAGCUUCAACUAUGUGAGCACCAUUUGGCGGCUGUUAAAUAGCAUGGCGGAGUCUGGCAAUGCGGAGCAACUGCAGCGUGUGUUUGAUGUGCUUAUCGCUGGAAAUUAUAUGCAGCCCACAAAUGUGCUGCUGGGACCGCUAAUCAAGGUGCAUCUCAGUCGCGAUGACAUACCCAAGGCUAUGGAUGCCUUCGAGCGAAUUUGCCAGCAGCACAAGGCAACACCCUGGAAAAAUGAGCUCGCCUGUCGUUUGAUUCAAAAGGAGGACGCUGCUAAUUUGCAGCGCCUAACAGACUUGAGCACUGGCAUUCAUGGCGAAGUUAAUAGUUUAUAUGAUUUAGUAUUUUCAUUUGUCGAAUGCGGACGCGUGCGACAGGCGCGCAAGAUCCUGGAGACACCUGGACUGCGCACGCGCCCACAGCGCAUAAGCAAUGCUUGCGAUCGUUACAAGAACGAGGGCAUGCUGCAGCCGCUAGAGGGUUUAAUUGAGGCUACCAAGGAUUUGGGACAUAUCGAUCGCAAUAAGAUUUAUUAUACGCUGCUGUUGAGCUAUGACAAGGCGGAUGAAGCGGAGAAAGCGCUGGGCUUGUGGACCAAAAUGCAAGAGGAGGCAGUAGCGCCAACAGAUGCUUUUCUCAUCAAGCUGGCCGAGCUGCUGACGCGCAAAAAUAUGCAAGUGCCAUUUGUAGUGCCUGAGACGGCAGCGCCAUCGCGCAAGACAAAGCGCGCUAAGGCAGAAAAGCCUGAAGCGGAGACCAAGGUGCAGACACCAGCUGCCGCUGCAGCCCCAGCUCCAGUCAAGUUGACGCCUUCCCAUGCUGCUGUAUUCAGACGCGCUCUGCAAACCAACGAUGUGGAUGCAGCUGUGGCCGCCAAGCAGCAGCUGGCCAGCAGCGACAAGAUCAGCAUCAUGGACACUUCACGCCUCAUUGAGCUUCUGGUACGCGCCGAUCGCCUAGGCGAAGCCACCAAAUAUGUGGAUGAGAUGCUUGCAGCUAAAUUGCAUCCUCAGCCCAAGAUUUUCAAAUAUUAUUUGAACAAAAUUGCAGCAGGCGGAGAUUUGGCUGCCAUGGAGCGCAUCAAUGAGCAGCUGAGCGAUGAGCAGAAGCGUCUGGCUAGCUUUGAUAAUCGCUAUUGUCAUGCCUACAUUGUGGCCGGCAAGGCGCAACAGUAUCUGCAGCAGUUGAGCGACAAAGUGGAGGCAGCCAAGUCAGCCGACGAAGUGGCCAAGCUGGCGGAAAAGUUUCCACGCGGUGGUGCUGUCGGCAUACUCGACAAGCAUCCCGAGCUGACUAAGCAAUUUGAGUCUCUCGCCGAGAAAUAUGCAGCUCACAAUCAGCUUGGGCCCAUGAAUGUGCUCUGGAUGCAUUUGAUUUCUAGCGGUCAGGAGGUGGCCUCUAAGCAAAUCUGGGAUAAGCAUUUGUCCAGUGCGCCACGUUUGAUGUUCCAGCGCGUGUUGCAGACAGCGCGCGAGCAGCAGGACGAGAAAUUGGCCUCAACAGUUAUAGCGCAGUUGCGCGAUAGCAAAAUCUCGGAGGGUGCCAUUGGCAAUGCGUACUCCUGUCUCUUGGACAUACAGACCAGCAAGGGCAACACAGACAAGGCUAUGGAUGUGCUAGCCAAUGCCAUUAAGGAUGUGUCCUUGGAGAAUAUCAAUCGCACAGCGCUGUUGCGUUUGAAGCAAGCUGUGGAGGCUAAGUCACAAAAGUUCCCCUAUACGGUGCCCGAGAAGCGCACCAAGGCGGACGAGUCGAGUUCCUCCUCGAGCAGCAGCAGCAGUGAUGACGAUGUGGCGCCCAAGAUACCAGAGACAGUGCCGCAGAAGCCCGAAAACGCUUAGUCUACUAAAUAUAUUAAUUAAUACCUAAUUAACUAGUAUUUUAAUGUUUUUAUAAUCU